AUGGGCGCAGAUGGAGCAUCUCCAGCGCGAAAGUCUCCAGCAGCCAAGGCCGUCGCUGCAGCUGUGGAGGACUUGGGCUUUGGGCUGUAUCAGCUUGUCCCGCUGUUCCUCACCGGCGGCAUAUUCCUGGCGGAGGGUGCUGAGAUGCUGGUGAUGGGCUCCAUCACGUCUUUGCUGCACCGCCAUUGGGAGCUGAAUCCGGCAAUACGAGGUGGCAUGGUCUCGAUCGUGUUCAUUGGCUUCUCAGUCGGCAACUUUCUCUCAGGCCAGAUCGGCGACCGGUUUGGCCGACGUGUGUCGAUUCUGCUAGCGUACGCAAUGAUCGCCUUUUUUGGGUUUGCGACGGCGUGUUCACAAGGGCCUGGCUUGAUGAUAUUUCUUCGAUUCUUUGUUGGGGCAGGCUGUGGUAUCGGAUUUCCUGCUGCCUACUCCCUCAUGCCAGAGGUUGCUCCCUCCAGCUGGCGAAGCAGUCUCAGCACCUUGAUGAUUGGCUUCAUGCCGUUGGGUGAGCUUAUUGGUGCCUUAGUGGUUCUCUUUGUUGAUCCAGAGCUUGACAACUCGGCUCGAGGUUGCAGCAUCGAUCGCUACUUUCCUUCACGGGCGCUUCUAGAGCCUGAGUUGUGCGCUUGGAAAACGCUUUGUGAGAUGAGCGCGAUCCCCGCCUUUCUAUUUUUUAUUCUGGCAUGCAGAUUCAUGGACGAAUCGCCACAGUUUCUGGCAAACUGCGGUCGAUUUGACGAGUGCUUGGAGGUCCUUCAACGCAUUGCCAAACUGAAUGGCUCCGAGCUAGACGUCGAGAAGCUCCGUGUGGCCUUCAGUGCAAGUGCAGAUGAAGACGAAGGUGAGCCUGGUGCUUUAUCGCCCUCACGGUCGUAUUCCUUUCGCAGCACCUUGGCAGAGCUGUGUUCUGGUGACUUUCUGCCGGUGGUGUCCUUCAUGUGCUUGGCUCACGUGGCCAAGGACUUCAGCGUAUUUGGUCUCUCCUACAUGCUUCCUCAGUACUUCGUGUUUCUGAAGAACUUGGUUGCCAAAGACCAAGCAAGUGCGGUAGCCACCCUGGCACUGCCGGGCGUUGUUCUGACUUACUUCUGUUCCAGAAUCCCAGGAGUCUCCUUGGUGUACUGGAUGUCGGGCAGCGGUGCUCUUUGCAGCUUCUUUGGCCUUGGCAUGCUGAAAGCAGCGCCGGACACUUCAGCUGCGCCUGCGGCCUACAUGGUGAAGCUGCUGGCAAUGUCAUACUUUGUCUUCACCGUUUCUUACACGACUGCCGCAUUUCCCGCACGCAUCCGCCAAACAGCUGUGGGCCUUUGCACUGCAGCUGGUCGCAUGGGAUCCAUCAGUGCCCCCCUGGUUUUCGAGCUUAGCAAAGAAGUUACUGGUGGCUUCGAUUUCUUUCUAGGGUGCCUCAUGUCUCUCAUGGCCACGGUGGCAUUGCUGGCCCCCCUCUUUUUGCCACGAUGGGGCCAAGCAGAGGAAGCGCAGCUCUUGCUGGACUUUGGCAAAGGCGCAGAGGAAACCUACGCAGCGUGCAAAAGCUCUGCCUGA